AUAAAUAUGCCCAAGCUGCAAUAAAUGUAUUGGAAGUGUUUUUUUUAAUUUUAAAAGUAAAAUCUACAAACUCUUUUGCACGCCUGAUUAUAAAGAAAACAUAACGGUUUCAAUAAAAAUGUCACGAUUCUAUACAGAGAAUUCCCUACGUAGAUGAACGGGUAAUUUCUGUAGAAACCUCUAGAUAAUAUAGAGGUCGUUUUCGUAAACUUUUCUGAGGUUUAGAUGUAAGCCAACAACAAAGCUGGUUUCACUUUGAGUUACGAGCGGCGCUGGUUAAAUCUGAAACAAACGGCGGCACUUUGAAGAAGACGUUAUAUUACUGUAAGGCACAGAGUCACGUAUAUCUGUAUCUGUUCUCUAUAAAAGUUGUCACAUUUAUUUAACACCAUUUCUUGUAUGGUUUUACAAACCGCUCAGGGCUGUGUUAUUUACUCGGGUAGGUGUUAUGCUGAAGCGACCAGAGCUAUCUUGAUGAAUGGAGAAAAUGAUGACAUCUGGGUUCAGGCAAUUGCUGCAAAUGAUCUGUGGCACCUGGGUUAAUUACGCAAGCAAACGUAAAUUGAGUACAAUAAGUAUCGAAAGUUUCAUAGACCUGUAAAGGCGUGAAACUCUGGCGCCACGGAAAUCGCGGGAUCUGUACCUCGCACCUGUUCAGGUUUCCAGGGCUGUGCCGGUUUUCAGUCAGAAGAGAGUUGGGAUGUCUGUGCCUUUCUCGAACACUCACCUGCGGGUUCCCCGUGGAUUCGGGAACGUCCUGGAGGGACUGGCUAGGGAGGUCCUGAGAGACCAGCCCAGGGACAUCCCUGCUUAUGCGGCCCAGUACUUCAAAGCCCUGCUUAAAGAGCGAGAGGAAAGUGGCCUGGAUCCAGCUGAAUGGAGUGCUAGACUGGAAGACAGAUUUUACAACAACCAUGCUUUUAAGCAGGAAAAUCAGAGGAAGACUAAUGACAGCCCAGAGAAAGACGAAGCUGCGGUGAAGAUCCAGGCUACUUAUCGCGGCUAUGUAGCACGGCAGGAAGUGAAGAAACUGAAGACGUCCACCACCAACCUCAAUGAAAAAACCUCAGGUAAAGAUGGGGAACCACUUGAAAUUCAUGAUCCUGAAAUUAUCGAACAAGUUCAGGUUCCAACCAUCACAUCUGUAUAUCCCAGCGUGUUUGCUGAAGACCUGGAUGCAGAAAUUGAGGGAGUCGAUGAGAGUGACGCAGAUAUCGGUGGAGCUGAACUUGGUCAUGAUCCUGCUCAUGAAUUCCCCUAUGGUGGAGUAGCCAAUGUGGAUAUCUGUGCUGAGGAACUGAAAGGAAUCGCAUACAAUGAGGAGACAGUGGAUCCAACUCCAGGUGAAGUGUACUUUUCUAACAGAUCUCCAGCAGAUAUGGUGCUUUUCAGCCCAGGUGAUCUCAGUGCUCUUGAGGUCUUAGACAGCCCCAAGCCAGAGGGACAGCUUCUUCCUCAGGGCGAAGAAGAAGAUGCCGGGGAGACAGAAUCCCAAGUUGAAGCCCUUGACAAACUUGGGGAGGAUUUUGAUGCAAGCGAGAAGCAUAUUCUCGAGACGGAAGAGUUGGAAAACCCAGGGUGUUCCAGUGUAGAGGAAACGCACUUGGGCAAAGCCAGGACAGAAGCUAAACCCGAUACCGUUGAGGAAGACUGGGUUUCUGCAGAUGGGCGCUAUUCUCAUGGAGCUGCGGAACGUGCAGAAGGAAAUUUUGAGAUGAAUGAAGAUACAACUUCUCCAUCUGCCCCAAAGGAGAACAAAAUAGAAGGGGAUGAGGCUCUGGAGGAAACGGUUAUGGAAGUCACCCCUGAACUUAAGGACAUGGCAGAAGGGAAAUCCCUAGAUGAAAAGCUGGAGGUUGAUGAGGACGUUGACCAUAAAACUGACAAUGAAGAGGAAGGAUUGAAAGAUGAGGAUCCAGAUGAAGAUACCAAGUCAACCUUGAAAGAAACGGUGAGUGAAGAAAAAAGCCUGCAAGAAGACAGUCAGAAGGAAACAGAAUUAACGGACGAAGAUUUGCACUUAAAAGGCAGAAAAGAAGAGCUAAAAGCCCAGGAAGAUGGUGUUGAAACCAGACAAGGUGAAGAUGAUCAAGAGGAGCAUGAGGAUGAAGGUGAAAGAGGACAGGACCUAAACACCGAGCAGGGAGGUGACCAAACGGAGGACUGCGCCAAGCAGCAGGAGGAGGACAUCAUGGACAUCCCUCUGGACGACCCCGAGGCCAACAAGGCCGCGGCCAAGAUCCAGGCCAGCUUCCGCGGUCACAUGACCAGGAAGAAGAUGAAGGACGACAAGCCCCGGGACGAGGUGAGCAGCAGCGGCGCAGGGGAGAGCUCCAGGGACCGGGAGUCGCUCAACGGGGGUCAGAGCGAGUCAGGUGCCGCGGAGUCGGGAGCAGCAGAGGGAGACGACGCCUCCGCGCCGGAGCAGUGAGGCCGGCGGACCGCCAAGGAGCAGGCGGCUGGAGACGAGCGCGGCGGGCCUCCUUCCCUGACAAGACUCCUUUUUUCGUAGAGAGAAACUUUCAACACUUAAUUACUGCUAGAACUUCAUAGAUUUGGAAAUAUUUUAUCCGAUGGGUGAACUCUUCCUCCCCCCCCCCCCCCACCCCCCACUUUCCUGCUUCCUGUUGAACAAGUGUAAAUGUCUGUAACUUAAAAAAAGGCAGCAGUUCUUGUUUCCAUUGCACGUCAUGCGCAGUCCUGUUGUGAUGUCAUGGUGGAGCACCCUGUGUGGAUAUUGAUGGAACCGGGUGCCCUGUCUGCAAGACUCUAUUCAUUCGCUCCUCCAAAAACCUUUCAGGUUUUGCUUUGUUUCCACUUCCCUUCUUAAAUGGAAUUCACCCUCUAAUUUGCUUUGCAAAGCUUUGCUUUAACGUGGUCUGGAAUGAGCAUGCAUUUCUGUAUACAAACAGUGUAGACUUUGCCUUCCUGCUUCGUUGCCCAAAGCAUUUCCUCUCCCUACUGCUUGAUCUCACAAAUGGCUGUCAUCCUUUGUUCACUCUGGGUCUUUCAGAUUCAAGUUUCUUACAUCUGUAGGAAAGAUAAAAUAUUUGAGAUGCAUUAACCUUUAUUAUACUCCUCAAAACACAGACAAGCAAUCAGUCUCUAGGCAACCAUAGAGCUUAAUGGAUCAUACUCAUUUUUCGGCUCUUUUAUUCCUGAUUUAUUGUGUCUCCCUCCUGUCGUCCCCUUCCUCUUCAGCUAGCAAGUCUCAGUCAAACUGAGCCUUCCAGUGUGAGCAGUUCUGACAGCACCCUGAGGAAAAGAGGAAGUGGUCACACUUACCAGCAGUGCAGUGCACACCCGAUUCACCUCCCAUAUGCACUUCCUGGGGCACGGGGGGGAUAUUCCAGAGGGGACACACAGCGGACCUAGCAGCUGAGAGGAGGUCCAUCAGCCCAGCCUCCCAGCCCUGCUCUCUGAGCCGAUACUGUGGUUUCCUUCGAGAGACAGCUGGUCUGCAGGUACAGCCUCGGGUCCCCGUUAGCUGACCGGGGUCCCCUUAAGCAGAACUGAGAUCCUCAAACCAAUUAGCUACUAAAAACCAAAAGAGUUAGGUGGGCCAAUUGGCUUCCUCUCAUCUGUGACAUUUCUCAUUGUGCAAUUUUAACAUAACGUCCUUUGAUUUUACAUUCCACACACCUUUGUUCUCCCUGCCCUACGAUGUCUUGAAUAUGUGAAUGACGCGUCAGCAUAGUUUGCACUUGUGUCCACUGGUUCAUGUUUUGGUUUUGACUUUGUCUGUGCCUUUAAGGAUCUUGAAGACUUUCCAUCAGGUGCCCUAAUAGUCCUUUCUGUUCAAGGCGAGAAAGGUUCAGUUCUUUUAGCCUGUUGGUGUAGGACAUACCGUUAACCCGAAGAAUGUACGUGCAUUGGCACAAUUAUCCCAUAAAGUACAUCACCCCCAGGAAAUCGUUAAAUUCCUGGCAAAAGUGAAUGGCAUUAUAAAGACAAUGACUGUUUUAGGUAAAGAAUAAGCAUAUGCCGUCCGGUAGAGAAUGUGCCCCAUGACUUCUUUCUAAUGUGUUUGUUUGUUCUUGUUUUGAUUGAGUCUCAUUAUCGCUUUAUUUUGCAUCUGCACGAACUUGCUUUGGCGUUUUGUUUUAUGCUCGCAGGCAAGGGAAUAAAAGUUGUGUAUCAGGUUUUUCACUAAGGCAUGUGGGAACCAGGAAAGUGGAUUUUGUUAGUGAUUUUGUCUUUGGAUGUGAACGUUCAAAUAAUUGGUUUCCUUCUCCUUUUCCAGCAGGUGGAUGAGAAUGCCAGUGUAUUACGUGGUAUAGACUGCGUGCAUUAGCAUGCUGCAUGUAAAAUCCCCACCUAGGCAGACAGUUGUCUGUCGCAACCCCUGUAAAGAGGUUACAUCUGUAAAGACUUGAAUCGAGUACUAAUUAAACCUGACAUUUUAAACA